AUGUAUUAUCAAAAAAGUGGCUACACUGGUUCUGAGAUUGUUAGGCUACUUGCAAAUCAUCCCCAUUUCAGUGUCACUCUCUUGACUGCUGAUAGAAAAGCUGGCCACUCUAUGGAUACCGUCUUCCCUCACCUCACAGCUCAAGAAAUCAUCAAGGGACUACACACAUCAUUAAAAAUUGUUGAUCUUUUCGCGGACUUUCGGUUGCGUGAUAUCUCAGAGUAUGAAGAGUGGUAUGGUCAGCCACACAAGGCAGUAGAGUUACAUAAAGAAGUUGGGUAUGGUCUAAUAGAGUUACUAAGGGAGGACAUAAAAAAGGCACGCUUUGUAGCUAACCCAAGAUGUUACCCGACUUCUAUUCAACCUCCUCUCGUUCCUUUGCUAAAGGAAAAUCUUAUCAAACAUGAAAACAUAAUAAUCAAUGCAAAGUCUGGUGUUAGUGGAGCAGGUCAUGGUGCAAAGGAGGCGAAUCUUUACUCUGAAAUCGCUGAAUACAUUUUUUCUUAUGGUGUCACAUGGCAUCGCCAUGUUCCUGAAAUUGAACAAGGUUUAUCUGAUGCUGCACAAUCAAAAGUAACAGUUAGUUUUACCCCACAUCUCAUGCCAAUGAUCCGCGGAAUGCAAGCCACUAUAUAUGUGGAAAUGGCUCCCAGGGUUAGAACUGAAGCCUUGUACCAACAAUUAAGAACAUCUUAUGAGAUUGAUAAUCUGGUGAAAGGGGCUUCGGGACAGGCGUUGCAGAAUCUCAACAUCAUGUUGGGAUAUCCAGAAACAACCGGACUCCUACACCAGCCGAUGUUCCCCUGA